ACGCGCUAAAAGUCGGAAUGAUUACGCAUGCGCGAUAUCUCGUAGGAAGUCGAUAGUUUUGCAGACCAAAGACUGGAAUUGUCAAUACUAGGAGUCGGGAUAUUCAGGCAGGCAAAGAUUUACAGUUUUCAAGCAAGAGUCAUACUGAAUCAUGUCUGGUGAAGGUGGUCCUGGCGCUGGCAGCCUACAGCCUGGAGAGGAUGGAGCUGUUGCUGGGGGCCCCCGGACCCCACAGCAGAUUGCAGCUCAGAAGAGAUUACAGCAGACGCAGGCACAAGUCGAUGAAGUAGUGGACAUCAUGAAGACAAAUGUUGAGAAGGUGCUCGAGAGGGACCAGAAGCUGUCGGAGCUGGACGAUCGGGCAGAUGCCCUGCAGCAGGGGGCAUCACAGUUUGAGCAGCAGGCUGGAAAACUUAAGAGGAAAUUCUGGCUGCAGAAUCUCAAGAUGAUGAUCAUUAUGGGAGUGAUCGGUCUGGUAAUAUUAGCCAUCAUUGUAGUCAAGUUCAUGCCUGAGUCGAGUCCGGCCAGUCAGCCCUCACAGAAUUAUCAACAGCUGCUACCUGCACAUGCUGUAACUGCCCCUGCCCCUAGCGCUGUGGAUACCAAAUCUUUAGCCUAAACUGUAUAGUGCUGUGUCUGUUGUCAACCUCUUGGCAUCAUGCCCCAAACCCAAGAGUGAAUUUGAGGCUCUCAUGCACUGAAAAUUAGCUUACAACAUAUACAUUAGAAUACUGAUGUCAACAGGUUGAGAGACAUCUGUCUUAUUUUUGGAAAGGAGCAAGCACUACAGUUUGGGUUCCUCAGUUUAUGCAAUAGACCUCUCUCUCUCUCUCUCUUUCUACAAAGCCUUGUAAUACAUGUUUGUGCAUUUUGUUCUCACUGCAACCAACUCCACCUGGGUUCACAAAUGGCAUGACACUACUCUAAAAAGCAAAAUUAUCUCUUGCAAAUCGGUAAAUGUAGCAUGAGGAACCAACUAAUGGAACACCAAACACAUGAAUGAGGUUAUCAGUAAUAUUCAGGAAAGUUUUGUUUGGUUGGGCUGCAGAGCACGGUCUCCUGUACAGAAAACUUUGUUACUUAAUUGGUGUGAAUUAAAUAGCUGGCAUUCAACAAAUAUCGUUUUGCUGUUGUUUUCAGGUAGCCUCAUAUCUUAUUGAAUCUCUACUCAAAAAGAACACAGUUUUAUAAAUAAAGUAGUUUUCCUUAUUUGUGUAGCUUGUCACAUGCAUCUAUAAGACUGCUCAGCUUGUAGUAGUAUUUCUCUUUUAUUUGUCUCUUAAUUGAUGUAUGUAUAUAUCAGAGAAACGUACAAGUGAAAUAUGUUGGCAGCACUUCAUUUUCCACAAUUUGUUGACAAUAUUGUCUGCCCUAUCCCUGUAAAAUAGCUGCAUCUCCAAGUAAGGCAAGACAAGAAGAAAACACCAAAAUAAUUUUUGUUUGUUUUCACUGCACUCGAAUGUCUUACUUCCCCGGGGGAUGCGUGUUGCUCGAGGGUGGGGCACAUGCCACCUGUAUCCAGGGGUUGCAGGUCUGAGAUUGUCUGAUAAUGGUCUGUCUCAUGGCAAAGGCUUGAAGAGGAACAUCUUCAGUCACAGUUAGGCUUCUGCUUUUGAGAUUGUUGCAGUAUAUUGGGAUUAACUUUGUGUAAGUUAUAGCAUUCCCCCAGCCACUGAAGCAGAUCAUAUUUCAAGAACAAACAAUAACAUAAAUUAUACUGUUGAUUCAAACACCCACCGACUGGGGGUCCUGAACAAUCUGGCUUAUGUAUUGGUUUAUUCUUGUGAUACACUUGGGUAAGGCCUAUGUAACUUAGCAACCCUUGGAUUAAUAUUUGUUAGAUGUGAACUGUACAGUUCCUGCACUCACCAAGAUGAUUUUGAUUUUUAUUCCCGUGCUUGUUGUUCAUUUAAGGGAAUAAAUUUAUGUGUUGAAAUAUAAGUAUUUGUUUAAGGGAACAACACUGUGGCCACGCUAUAUUUAUCAUUAUAAUUAUUGUGAACAUUCUCAUGGAUUCACAUAAGAAAUAUUUGCCCAUGGUACAAUGAUGUUUAUUAAACUCUUUCUUUUUCCUCUAUAUUAUCAAUAUAUAUGUAAUAUUUGUGUAUAGAAGAAAUGUGGAAUCAUGAAAUGUAAAGUUAAUACCGAUAUUAUGAACAUAUUACUAGAACAUUGUAAAGUUUAAUGGGUAUAAAUAUUAAAUACAACAUU